UGGAGUAAUACUGGACUGUGGCACAGUGUCACAGCUGCGUAGCUGUGGGAGUUAUUGAAAAAGACAGGCUGUGAAAAAAUAUACAUUGCAUGUUUUUUUUUAGGUAUUCUCCUAAGGAGAACCCACAAAGAUACGUAAAAAUGCCUGGAAUGAUGGAUAAAGGGUCGGAGUAUCUAGGAAAGGGACGCUCAAACGGAACAAAAAACCCUUCAAAUGCAUCGAAUGGACAUUUUUCUGAUGAGAGUGGCAGUGACGACGAGCACGAUGUCGGAAUGCGUGUGGGGUCCGAUUAUCAAGCCAAUAUACCCGAAUUUGAUCAUGGUUCUACCAAAUACAGUGAUAAAGAUAGUGGGGGAAUGUUGGUGUGGUCUCCAUAUCAUACCAUUGUCGACCCAAAAUUGGAUGAAUAUAUUGCCAUUGCAAAAGAGAAGCAUGGAUAUAAUGUUGAGCAGGCAUUGGGCAUGCUGUUCUGGCACAAGCACAACAUUGAAAAAUCCCUAGCAGACCUUCCCAACUUCACCCCCUUCCCCGACGAGUGGACCGUGGAGGAUAAGGUUCUGUUUGAACAAGCCUUCAGCUUCCAUGGAAAAAGCUUCCACAGGAUUCAACAAAUGUUACCAGACAAAUCCAUAUCCAGCCUUGUGAAGUAUUACUACUCCUGGAAGAAGACCCGGUCCAGAACCAGCCUGAUGGACCGCCAGGCCAGAAAGCUGGCAAACCGAAAUGCCCAAGAUGAAAGUGAUGAAGAAAUGGAGGAGGCCAACCCCAUCGAAGCAAACGAUAGUGAUUAUGACCCCACCAAGGAGACGAAAAAAGAGAGCCACACGGAGCCCCAGCCCCUGAGCUCCUCCAAGAUUGGGCUCGGCCGACGGGAGCACCUGACGCUCAUGCACCGGCACCACUCGCAGCGUUCCAAGUGCCGGCCGCCCAAAGGCAUGUACCUGACCCAGGAGGAUGUGGUGGCAGUGUCGUGCAGCUCCAGCGCUGCCAACACCGUCCUUAGGCAGCUGGACAUGGAGCUGGUGGGCCUCAAAAGACAGGUUCAAAAUGCAAAGCAACUGAACAGUGGUCUGAAACACAGGAUGGAAGCGGGCAUUGAUGACUUCAGGCUGCCGGAGUGCAGCCAAAAAGUUAAUGCUCGCUGGACAACAGAUGAACAGCUUCUGGCAGUUCAAGGUGUCCGGAAGUACGGGAAAGACUUCCAGGCCAUUGCCGACGUUAUCGGUAAUAAGACGGUAGGGCAGGUAAAGAACUUCUUUGUGAACUACCGCCGCCGGUUUAACCUGGAGGAGGUGCUGCAGGAGUGGGAGGCGGAGCAGGGAACUGGCACCCCCAACGGUGACACUACCACCUCUGGCGAGGAGGGGAAGAACAGCUCCAACACCCCUUCUGGGAAGAGUAUGGACGAAGAGGAGGAGGAGGGCCAGGUGACCCCCUCGUCAGGCCCUUCUCCCGCUGCCACUUCCUCUUCAACUUUCCAAACCCUGGUGACAUCGUCGGCAACUUCGCUCAACCAGCCGCCCCCGCUCCUACGGCCCUCUCUGCCAGCCACCCCGGCCCUCCACAGGCAGCCGCCCCCUCUCCAGCAGCAGGCCCGCUUCCUACAGCCCCGGCCCGCGCUCAACCAGCCCCCCCCACUCAUCCGGCCAUCCAACCCACCCCCGCGCCUCAAUCCCCGGCCGCUUGCUCCGACCUCAGCCCCCACCUCCACAGGGUGCCCAGGUUCCAGCCAGCCGCCCCCCACCCUGGUGGGCAUCCCAUCGGAGACGCCGUCCUCCUCGCUGCACUAAGUGUGUGCUGUGCAAUGGCGAAGGAAGACAACGGAAAAGUCGGUGGUCGUUUUUUUUUUUUACUUGGUCGUUUUGUUUCCUUGUAUUUUUCUUGACAAUGAUCCGUUGUGUUCCUGAAAGUUGUCAAUCGUUGGUUGUUU